UCUUGACCCCACCACACCACUUGGAUCUCUCUCUCUCUAUACAUUCAUCAGUUUUUUCACAGAGUAAACCGAAACUCAGAACCGAAUCAAUCAUGAAGAAUUCUGAGCGAUUCGCUAAUCUCGCUCUCGCAGGUUUGACGGUGGCGCCGCUUGUUGUGAAUGUGAACCCGAACUUGAAUGUUGUUCUUACGGCGUGUCUCACGGUCUACGUGGGUUGUUUUCGUUCGGUGAAGGAUUCUCCUCCAACUGAGACGAUGUCUAAAGAGCAUGCAAUGCGUUUUCCAUUGGUUGGGAGUGCUAUGCUACUCUCGCUUUUCUUGUUGUUUAAGUUUCUCUCGAAGGACUUGGUUAAUGCUGUGCUCACAGCUUACUUCUUUGUUCUUGGGAUCGUCGCUCUUUCGGCGACAUUGUUACCUGCCAUCAGCAGGUUUCUGCCAAAACCAUGGAAUGACAAUCUUAUCGUCUGGCGUUUUCCUUAUUUCAAAUCUUUGGAGGUAGAGUUCACAAAGUCCCAAGUCGUUGCGGGGAUCCCUGGAACCUUCUUCUGCGCGUGGUAUGCUUGGAAAAAACAUUGGUUGGCUAACAACAUCCUUGGCCUUUCCUUCUGCAUUCAGGGAAUUGAGAUGCUCUCUCUUGGAUCAUUCAAGACUGGUGCCAUCCUUUUGGUUGGACUGUUUUUCUAUGAUAUCUUCUGGGUUUUCUUUACUCCGGUUAUGGUUAGUGUUGCCAAAUCCUUUGAUGCACCCAUAAAGCUUUUGUUCCCUACGGGGGAUGCUCUAAGACCCUAUUCUAUGCUUGGGCUUGGUGAUAUUGUCAUUCCGGGUAUCUUUGUUGCACUGGCUCUAAGGUUUGAUGUGUCAAAACGUAGUCAACCAAAAUACUUCACAAGUGCAUUUGUGGGAUACGUUGUUGGAGUUGUCCUCACUAUUGUAGUCAUGAACUGGUUUCAAGCAGCACAGCCUGCUUUGUUAUACAUUGUCCCAGCCGUCAUUGGGUUCUUGGCUUCUCACUGCGCUUGGAACGGUGACAUCAAACCGUUGUUGGCGUUUGAUGAAUCAUCUAAGAGUACUGAGGAAGAAGUUAGUAAGGCUCAUGAAGAAUGAAGAGACAGUGGAGUAAAAAGGGCAGAAGAGCUAUAUUUAUACACAUAGAUGUGUUCUUAUAUGUAUGGAAACAAAGAAGGAAAACAAUUUUUUUUUGUUUCCAGUGAUCAUCAGUCCCUUCAAAAAUAGUUAACCGUUUUUUGUUUUUUUUUUAGAUGUUUUCAAACAACGUUUUCGCAAAGACUUGUGUAAGUUAUUAAGUUACAACAGGUUUCGUUUUUACUUGUGAUAUUAGCCAGGUUUCCUUUUACUUGUUUCUUUGCUCGCCAAUGUACAUUUUGAUUGGAAGCUGUAAAAUCUUCAGGAUGACAAGUCGAUAAAAGGUUACAUACAUUAGAAUGUUGCA